GACAUGAAGAUAUUUGCUUAGCAAAAUGGUGGUUAGUGUAUUGUAAUAAGUUCCUCAAAAGCUCUUUAUUAUACUACAAUAAUUACAUUGUAGGGAAUAACCGGCUCAAAGUCAAUUGAUUUAUGUUUUUACAGAGAAACUGUUAAUUGUAGUUGCAGUUUUUAUAACUGAAUGUAAGUUUAUUUUAUUUAACAAGGACACACCUGAACCUUUAAUCCAUAUUUCUAAUAAUGCGUGGAAGACCAGGAGGGAAAAGAUCUCGAAGUAGGGAUCGCCGCAGAUCGCGUAGUCGUGACAGAGGCUAUGGAGGAAGUGGUGGUGGCGGUGGCGGUGGUAGAAGAAAUGCCGCUGGUUCAAUGCUUCGUAAACCUAGAUGGGAUUUGAGCAGAUUAGAACCCUUUAAAAAGGAUUUUUAUGUAGCUCAACCCUCUGUUCAGUAUAGGCCUCAGUAUGAUUUAGAUGAAUGGAGAAGAAAACAAGAAAUAUCUCUUAAAGGAAAAAACAUCCCCAACCCUGUUAUGACAUUUGAAGAAGCUGGCUUUCCAGAAUACGUUUUAGAGGAACUAAAGAAGAUGAAUUUCAAAAAUCCCACUGCUAUUCAAGCGCAAGGCUGGCCAAUAGCAUUAUCAGGAAGGGAUAUGGUUGGGAUUGCUUCUACAGGAUCUGGGAAAACUUUGAGUUACAUUUUGCCUGCCAUUGUACACAUAAACCAUCAAUCUCGAUUAAUGAGAGGAGAUGGUCCUAUUGCAUUGAUCUUAGCUCCAACUAGAGAGCUUGCGCAACAAAUACAACAGGUGGCUGCUGAUUUUGGUCAAACUUCAAGAAUUCGCAAUACAUGUGUUUUUGGUGGAGCCCCCAAAGGACCUCAAGCUAAUGAUUUAAUGGAUGGAGUUGAAAUAGUUAUUGCAACUCCAGGUCGUCUCAUUGACUUCCUAGAAAGUAAUAGAACCAACUUGAAAAGGUGCACUUAUCUCGUUCUAGACGAAGCAGAUAGAAUGUUGGAUAUGGGAUUUGAACCCCAAAUUAGGAAAAUUAUUGAACAGAUAAGACCUGAUAGACAGACUUUAAUGUGGUCUGCCACAUGGCCAAAGGAAGUGCAGAAUUUAGCACAGGAAUUUCUAAAAGACUAUAUUCAAAUUAACGUUGGAUCCUUACAGUUAUCUGCUAAUCAUAACAUUCUACAAAUUAUUGAUGUUUGCCAAGAACAUGAAAAAGAGAGCAAGCUGAGUACCUUACUUAAAGAAAUUAUGGCAGAGAAGGAAAACAAGACUAUUAUUUUUAUUGAAACUAAAAGAAAAGUAGAUGAUAUUACAAGAAAGAUGAAAAGAGACGGUUGGCCAGCAGUAUGCAUACAUGGAGAUAAGUCUCAACAAGAGAGGGAUUGGGUCUUACAAGAUUUCCGAACUGGAAAAGCUCCAAUAUUAGUUGCCACUGAUGUUGCAGCCAGAGGUUUAGAUGUCGAAGAUGUAAAAUUCGUAAUAAAUUUCGAUUAUCCAUCAAAUUCUGAGGAUUAUGUUCAUCGAAUAGGAAGAACUGGAAGAUCUCAAAAAACUGGUACGGCGUACACAUUUUUCACUCCUAGCAAUUACAACAAAGCUGCAGAUCUCGUUGCUGUUCUAAAAGAAGCGAAACAAGUCAUCAAUCCCAAACUACAAGAUAUGGCUGAAAGAGCUUACAAUUCGAACAAUUCUGGUAGAGGGCGAAGCAGAUGGGGUCGAAAUCCAAGAGUUCGCCGUUCUGUUUCACGAUCAAUAUCUAGGUCCAGAUCUAGGUCUAGAUCCAGGUCUAGAUCUCGUUCAUCAAGACGCAUGAGGCGUGACAGGAGCCGUUCACGAGAUAGAAUUAGAAGAAGAAGAUCUGUAAGCAGAGAACGUUCACGAAGUCCGGUAAAAUCUCGAUCAAACGGAUCUAUAUCUCCGAGAUCUCUGUCACCUGAUACCUCUAGGCCACCACCCACACAUAACCGUCCAUUGUCUCCACAAAAUUUACUUAAACCUCCGCCGCAAAUGUUACAACACCCGCCACCUAGUGUAACGCAAAAUCCUUCUAACGGCAUGUCACAACCACAAAUAACUUUGCAAGAAACUCCUUAUCAAUCCUCACCACCGCCUCAAAAUGCGUUUCAGAGUGUUUCAUCGCAAAGAUUACCGCCUCCACCUACUCCUUUAAGACAGCAAGCUCCAUCCAACCCUGCACUCCCUCAACAGAGACCACCUUCUAAUCAAGCCCCUCCUCAUAUACAAGGACCAACUCUUCAACAAAGACCACCAGCUGUGCAACAAAGAUCGAUGCAGAUUCCUCCUAAUUUACAUAUACAAAAUUUACAACAACCUCCCCCGCCUCCACCUCAACAGCCGCCACUUCCUCAAGGACCACCGUUACACCAACCGCCCCCUCAAAGUCAUUUAAUGCAGCAAACUCCUCCCCCGCAAAGACCUGUUUUGACAUAUCAAAAUAUAACUCAUCAACCUCCUCCACAAUCUAAUCCUUUUGGCGGAUACCACAUUCCGAACGGUACAUUAUUUUUUAAUACACCACCUCCUCCUCCACCUGCGCAGCGUAUGACUGGAAUGUAUUUCCAAUAUGCUCCUCCUCCUCCCGCGCCACGAUGAAAGUCCAAGGAUACUUGUAGUAAAUUAAUUACUUCGGUGUAUACUAGAUAAGAUUAUUUGGUUCUUAAUUUGUCACGAAAAUUUGUUACUGGUUAGUAACAGAUUGGAAUUUAUUUUAAAUGCGCAAUUCCAUUACGGAUUUACUGAUUUCUUUAAAUAACUUGUUUAAAACUAACAUAUGUUAUAUCAAGUCAAAAUUAUUCGAGUGGCCUAGGUAUUUACUUAAUGGAACUGUAAAAUUAACGUAUGUAAAGUUUAUUGGUUCAGUUUCUUUUUCUUCCAAGUACCAUCUUCGUUGUCGAGGUUAGCGGUUGUACUUGCUGCAAUUUCUGUAACCUAAUCAUAUAUUGGCGCAGAUAGUUGUGAUUCCUGUUCCCUGAUUGAUGGCCUUAAAGGUACCAGCGCCAAAAUAUACAACUUUCUGUACUACUUCGUAGAGAGUCGAAAGAAGAUUUAGUAUAACGGGUUCUCACUUUGUUAAAAGUGACAGUAUUACAUCAUAUUGUAAAAUUAUAUCCUACGCUAGUUCAUAGAGCUAUUAAGUAUUCGAAAUACUUAAGUCGUUGGAACAAUAUAGUGUACAACACGUGUGGAAACUGAAUAAUUUAUAUGAUUAAUACUAGAUUAACCACGAGCCACUCUAACUACACAACUACUACUUAACACUUCCACUGCCAUGAGCUCAUAGAGAUGUCAACCUGUGUGCCAUGCAGUGAUUACCAAAAUAUGAAUUUUAUGUUAUACAAAUAGACUAAUGUACAACAAUUUUUUUCCAUAAAUUGACAAAAAAAAUGUGAUCACGGCAGCCGUGUUCAAGACACCUAGUAUGAUAUCUGAUGGAAUGUGCUACCGACACGCCUAAAGUGUCCUUCACAGUUUUUCAGUAAACUAAAAAAACACUUGGAAUUAUGAACUAUAAGUAUAUUUGAACAAUCAAGGAUAAUAAUAAAAUAUAAAAUAAGUAAACUCUAAAACAGAGUGUUAAACACAAUCCGGGUUCUCCAGGACAUUGAGGACAAAAAUAUAGUGAUGCUUUUCGCACAUUCCUGGAUUGCCAGCAGUUCUUACAUUUAAGCCUUUUUGUAUUACUCAUUGCGUCUUUUGGGCAAUGGUCUGGAAAAUGAAAUAAUGCAGGUUGUCAGCGAUUUGCUUCUGGCAGAGGAUCUAAUAGACUUGUUAUUACAGAUAAUCUGAAGUCGUAUAGAUUUAGCUUCGUUGGUGCAUCUUGGUUAUGCAUAAUAUAUGCAUUUAUCAACAUAACUUGAAUUAUGUGAAUACCCAGCUUUUUGUACCAGCAAAGAGUUUUGUGUUCAAAACUGUAAUAACUAAUGAUCUGAUCACAAUGAUCUACACCACUCUUAAACUGAUUAUAUUCGUUAGCUGUGGUUUCAGUUGCUCUCUGCCACUCUUGGAAACAAUUGGUACCAAGUCGCCUCCAAAUUCUGUAGAAAUUGCGAAAACCUCCCUGCAAUCUUUCCACUUAUAUACACAUAUACACAUCAAACUCUACACAGUAACUGCCAUUACGGUUUCAAAUAGGAGAUAUUGCCACGUGCAGUAUAAAAGUAGUUGUGAAAUAGGAGGUAUUAGAAUACAAAGAUUAUGUACAUUUCUGAAUUUUUUAGCAUUUCGGAGCUAUUUCUAUUCGAUCCGCAAGAAAAUUUUACAGAUUAUGGUACAUUAGUCUCAUUUUCGCUUAAAAUGCAGAUAGGAGGUAUUAGUAGCUCACCGACGACGUGUGAUUUCAACAACUCUGAAAAUACUUUUCGCUUUCUCAAACUUUUCACAACACAGAUUCACAAAAAUACAAAACCACGUACAACUUGUAUUACCACAAUGCGUAGACUAAAUGACCGUACCUAUAACAAAUGAUUAUCUGCGUUAUCCGGGAAUUCCCAACCCGAAAUAAUUCUUAGAAGAUGGGACACAGCAGGCGUGUCGGUGGCACCUUAUAGAUAAGAGUACGGUCACGGUAGGCGUGUUGCCGGCAUGGAAAGUGCAUUAAAGCAUUAAUUUUUAUGGAAUAAUUCCUCCUUUCAGAUUUAUUCAGAAAAUAAUAGGAAUUUAAUUUUUUUGUAAAAAAUAUUUAUUCGUCUACCUCAAUGUAGUCGCUUUCAAAAUAAGCCUCAUUGAACACUGAACGGUUGUCAACCGGGGUCACUAAACAUGCGAACGUUUCUGAACGCUCAACGCGGAAAAUAAGAUACUCAUUCGAUUGUCGCAGGUAUGAAACGUACUAGUUUCUGCACGUUAUACACUAAACUUUUUCGGCGACCUACAUGACGUAGUUAUUAAAUAAUAAUGUAGAUUAUCGAAAAAAUAUUUUUGAAUUUUUUUUGUUUGUUUAAAAAGAACUAAGUUAUUUAACGAGUACAAUAUUGUUUACUUGUUUAUAUUUGAAUUUAUAAUUUUAUUUAAUUUCAAAAUUACUAUUUUUUUGGAAAAAAAAAACUUUUCAACAAUUGAAAUGACUUAGAACAUAACUUGUUGUAUGAAUCAAAACCUUUUUGUUUUGUAUAAUUUAGGUAUACACCUAAUUCUAGUUAGGUAGCUAUGUAUAUUGAGUAAAACAAUUUUUCAUUUGUCGUAAAUCUUACCGGUAUAUCAGGGUGUUAUGUUGGCAAUUUCUUCCUAGACGAAGUACUCUAAGAAGUACUGAACAUACUGUUUACUCUACCACUUCAUCAACACUCACAAUUACACUAUCUGACGCGCGUUUUGACAACGUUAUUGUCUUCAGAGAUAAAUCUUUGGCAUGUCAGAUAGUAUAAUUGUGAGUGUUGGUGUGGUGGUAAUGUAAACAGUAUGUUGAGUAUGAUUAUCACAAACGGUUCCAGAAAUUCCAACCUAGUUCUGGGGUGUGUUUCCUCAAAACAGCCAUUGCUGCUCAUGCAGUAUGUGCAUGUGCAAUCAUUGGAAUUAAUUGUACUCCAAGCAAACUCAUAUAGUGGUGUAAAAAAAUUUUCUGUAACAUAUUUACAUACUUGUUCGAAUUUACUAUCACUAUGACUUCAUUUUUAACCAAAACGAAUAAUUCCUCGUGAGAAAAUUGUACACCUCUCUGUGACUUACAAAUAAUGCCAAGUACUUUGAUGAAAUUUUCAAAAGGAUUGAUGUCGACCUGCAGUACAUAUUUUGUUGACGGUUCCACACCAAUGAAAAUGAGUUGGAAUGAGAUGGAACUAAACUGUGAUGAUUAUUAUGCUCCUACCCCCUUUACAUAAACUUAUUGACUAUACUAUAUACUAUAUUCUAGUUUUACAAAGUUUCAACAGAUAUGAGGCUUACACAAAUAAUUUUGACUAAUCACAUACAUAUAUCAAUGUCUUCAUGUGUACGACUUGGGUAUAAUUAACUUAUUAUGGUAUAAUGUUUUCAUUGAGGGCUACUGUGUUUGUACUUGCCACCAGAUACACUGUAGAGUGAGGUCGCCGAAAUAUGUGCAAAAGCGAACUAAUCACUGCUUUAAGAAAGUUUUUUUCGGCAACUUUUUUGGAGUAAGUAAAAAGAACCCGUGACAUGCUCGAUAUUGUAAUAUUCUUAUUUAUCUAAACAGUUUUUGAACGAUGGGCUGGGUUUUUACACUCGCUGUAUCUUACUUGGAGAAUUUAUUUAUACAAUAAACUUUGCACUUAUUACUUGACACUUAUUUAAUUUAUGUAAAUUUACCAUUUUCUUACUACUUACUAUCCUGAUCUGUUCACUAUGGUGCCUCUGGCAGCUAAACUAUCGCUUAUUUAUAUCUAAUGGUUUUCUAGAUAAUUGAGAUUCUAGAAGGCCGUAAAUAAACAAAAAUGUCUUCUUAGAAAUUGUCUAUAUAAAAUUAAUCAGAACAUAAUGUAAACAGCUUAUGAAAACCAUACAAAGAAUUGCCUUCGUGUGGGAAAACAUAAUAUUCCUGGAAAUAUACCUGGCGCAUCCGUUGAAUUCUAGAUGCUAAUAAUGUAAUAGAAUAGAACUGGUUUCACGAUCUACAUUAGUGAAAAUGAUUUAUAUUUUGGUAGCUAUAUUUCAAAACCUCACCGGCUGUUGGCGCUAAAUGGUGAAUAUUAAAACGGUAGCCUUCAUUUUAAAUGGUUAAAAUAUCAAAUAGAAAUUAUGUUAAAAAAUUAUUUAUUCUACAUUUCGUAUUUUUUAUGUUGUAUUGUUCUAAAUACAAUAGAAUGUUGCAAUUAACUUUUGAAGAGUUGAUCUUUUUAUUUAAGGUUUACAUAGAAGUUACAUUUUGUAAAUAAGUAUUACCUAUAUAAGUUUAUAUGUUAACAGAUCUGAUUAAAAAUAUGACAAAAA